ACUUAAUCCUUACCGGCAGCGCCAAGGCCACAUUGUUCUAUGCAAAUAAGUUUUUUACGUUGAGAGGGAAAGUCGUAUUUAACAAGUGAAACCACAUCAAUAUGUUCGUUGUACGUCGUAGUGUUGCCCGCCUGUACCCCAAUGGAGUCCAAUUGGCUAAGAUGAGCGGCAGCCAAAUUGGCGAUUUGGGCAGUGGCGCCGGUAAGGGAGGCGGCGGCGGUGGAUCCAUUCGCGAAGCCGGCGGAGCUUUUGGCAAACUGGAGGCUGCUCGCGAGGAGGAAUACUUCUACAAGAAGCAAAAGGAGCAACUUGAUCGCUUGAAGAACGACCAGAUCCAUCAGGCCGAAUUCCAUCAUCAGCAGAUUAAGGAGCAUGAGGAGGCCAUCCAGCGCCACAAGAACUUCUUGGACAAUCUGCACAAGUAAAUUUCGAAUGCAUCCAACUAAAUAUUCACUCCUAAGACACAUUCAGUAACAAUGCAUUUUAAAUUUUACAAGUUUUAUAAAAAGAAGAAAACGCAAAUGUGUACUUGUCCAGUUUAUGCCCCUUUACUCACAAACUCGUUCCGUGUGCUUUCUAAACAGAAUAUACAUGAAUAAAAUAUUAUACUAAAGUGCUUUAAUUAAA